CCCCGCCCGCUUACAAAUUCGCCCAAAAUUUCCCCCGAUUUUUCCACCACCACAACACCAACCCAAACAAAUACGAUUUCGCCGAAGAAUUCGUGCGCGUAGAAAUGAAGCCGGCGGUAGCGGUGGAGGCGGACGAGCGGGAGGCUGAGAUGGCCCGCAAGAAGGCCGCGGCGGCGGCGGCGGCCAAGAAGGCGGCGGAGGUUGGCGAGAAGGAAGAGGUGGUGGACGGGGAGGAUGAGGACGUUGAGGAGGAAGAGGAAGCGGUCGAUGGGGAGGACGGUGACGAUGAUGAGGGGGAGGGUGAGGAGGAUGACGACGAGGUCGAGGGAGAGGAGAAAGAGGCGGCGGGGGUGGUGGAGAUCUCCGACGAGGAUGACGACGACGAGGAGGACGGCGAGGAGGCGGAGGGUGGUGACGACGAUGACGAUGACGAUGACGAUGACAACGACGACGACGAGGUUGAGAGCGAGGAGGAGCAGGAGGAGCUGGGAACUGAGUAUCUGGUGCAGCCCCUUGGUCGAGCUGAAGACGAAGAGCAUUCCAGCGACUUUGAGCCGGAUGAAAAUGGUGAUGGAGCUGAGGAUGAAGAGAUUGAUGAAGAUGAAGAUGAAGAUGCCGAAGGUGGUAAGGAUUCCGUGAAGGCACAGGCCUCAGUGAAGAGGAAGAGGCCAGGCGUUGAUGACGACAACGAUGACGACAAUGGCAGUGAUGACGACGAUGACAGACCCUCAAAGCGAUAGUUGUGCCGGCAGACUCUUGUGGAUCUUGUGAUCUUCUGCAGGGUGCUAAGAAGGGAAAUAAUCAUCUGGCAGAAGGUUGUUAGCAAAUGUUUGUAGCUUUAGGACAUCUGUGGUUAGGUGUAGCAACUGAAAUGAAACUUUGAAACAUGGGGCUUGUUUUAUGUUUGUGUAGCUUCUAAUUCAGAUCUGUGGAAACAAUUUGGAUGCUUUGUUCUCAAUCUUGUUAUGAUAAGGCUUUUCUUGGACUGGAA